AUGGCGACUUCUACAGAUAUGAAAGGAAAUGUGGUGAAAAUGGAAGUGGACUACAGUGAUACUGUUGACAAAAGAAUACCAGAAUGCGAAGCAUUAGCCGCUGUAAGUUAGAACUGGUUUUAGUGGUUUUUCUUCUUGAGAAAAAUGGCUUUAACUUAACACGUGCCGGUCUAGUAACGAACUAUGUACGAGAACCGGUUUAUUUCUUUUUAAUUUAGAUCCUUUAAGCUUCUUUUAUAAGGAAAAAUAGACAGAUCAAAGCUUUAUUUAUAUUAUUCCUGUUGUUCGCUAGGAUGGUAAACUCAGUGAUGCUCUGGACAUUCUUCUUUCUUUGGAAAAACAGACUAGGACGGUGAGUGGUAUUGCUAAAUUAAAAACAGCAUGUCAUGCAUGUUAUAAACUAAAGUUGUGGAUUGAUUAG